AUGACUAGUACUAACCUGCCUGAGAACACAACCUUCUGUACAAAAUAUGUGCAGUUGGCUUUUAUCCUCUCCUCUUUGUCAAUUUUCUUAGGAGGUCUGUUCCUCAUAGUAGCUGCCAGGAUAGGCAAAUAUGCUUACAAUUUCAUCUCAAAGUACAUUCUCAGCACAAAGGGGGAGCACAAACAACGUGCUCAGUGGCUGCCCAAAACGAGGCAAAUUUCAAUUCGCUGGAAAGGAGCCUUCCUGGAGUCAGUGGAGAUGAUGCUGUCAGCUCAAACAUGUGUGGGUCGUGUGCUGGUAAUACUGGUGUUCCUACUGAGUAUUGGAUCCCUCAUCAUUUACUUUAUCAACUCUCAGGACCCAAUGUAUUCUUGCCACUACUUCACAGACCACACCCUUUCUAUAGAUAUGAGCUUCAAUGCAUUCUUCCUCUUCUAUUUCGGAUUACGGUUCAUGGCAGCAAACAACAAGCUGAGAUUCUGGCUCGAGCUCAACUCCAUCGUGGAUUUCUUCACCAUCCCUCCAAUUUGUGUUGCCUUCUAUUUAAAGAGGAACUGGCUUGGUCUGCGGUUUUUGCGAGCACUCAGAUUGUUAGAACUUCCCAAAAUAUUGCAGUUUCUCAAGAUCACCAGGACGAGUAAUUCAAUCAAGCUGUCCAAAUUGUUAGCUGCAGUUCUCAGCACCUGGCUCACAGCUGCAGGAUUUAUUCACUUGGUGGAGAAUAGUGGAGAUCCUUGGGUCCACCAUCAAAAUUCCCAGUCCCUGAGCUAUUUUGACUGUUUAUACUUGACAAUGGUGACCAUGUCCACAGUUGGCUUUGGCGAUGUUGUGACUAAAACGUCCUUGGGUCGUAUUUUCAUGAUUUUCUUCAUCAUCGCUGGUUUGGUCUUGUUUGCAAAUUUUAUCCCUGAAAUUGUGGAUAUCGUUGGUGGCAAUCAACAAUACCGAGAUUCGUAUGAGGUAGUGAGAGGGAGAAAGUACAUUGUUGUCUGCGGUGAUAUCACUCUAGAGAGUGUGACAGCUUUCUUAAGAAACUUCCUGGCCCAGGACACGGGAGAUAUUUGCACUGAGAUUGUCUUUCUGGGAGAAACUCUUCCUAGUCUAGAGCUGGAAACUGUAUUCAAAUGCUAUUCUGCUUAUACCACUUUCUUCCAUGGCUCUGCACUGAACUAUGAAGAUCUGAAGAGAGUUGCGAUGGGAUCUGCUGAUGCUUGUCUGAUCCUAGCAGACACUUGCUCUUCGGACCCUUAUGUUGAAGACACUUCCAAUAUCAUGAGGGCGCUGUCUGUCAAGAAUCACUAUCCAGAGACAAGAGUCAUUAUACAGAUAAUCCAGUCUCAUAAAAAGGUAUACCUGGCAAACAUCCCCAACUGGGACUGGAGGAGAGGAGACAGCAUCAUCUGUUUGGCUGAACUAAAACUAGGCUUCAUAGCACAGAGUUGCUUGGUCCCAGGCUUGUCCACACUCCUAAGACGCCUGUUCAUUAGGCAAAAGAUUGUACCUAAAACUUGUUGGAAGAGGAACGUUUUUGACAGCAAUGACUACAAAGUGAUGACUCAUUGGCUCUCCAAUGAUUUUGUGGACAUGACUUUUCCAGACGUUUGCCGGCUCUGCUUUGUGAAGCUGGACCUUGUGCUGCUCGCAAUUGAAUUCAGAUCUGGCGUUCAUGAAAACAGCAUCCUGGUCAACCCAUCUGCACAGAUAAAGCUCCAUCGAAACACAAUAGGCUUUUUUAUUGCCAAAUCCAAGGUGGAAGUCAAAAGGGCUCAUUUUUACUGUAAAGCCUGCCAUAGUGAUAUUGAUAAUCCAGAGCUGAUUAAAAAAUGUCACUGCAGAAGCAGAUCUCGGACAAGAUCCUUUUCAGGAACACCACCUUCCCAAAUGAAGUUAGCUGUGCUGACGGAAGUCAUCUUUCAUAGAGAUAGUUGUGUUUACACUGGGGAUUAUGUUGACAAGCUGAGGAUUCCUCAAGAAACACUGUACCUUCCAGACCGAGAGCCAGUAAAGUCGAUGUCUCUUGGGGUUCUUCCUGUUUCAGGUAUCACUGCCAGGACUGCAGCUCUCGUGAUAGAAGAGGAUAGAAAUGCUUUGCUGGAUUCAACAGGAAUGUUCCACUGGUGCGAGGCUGUCCCAUUGGAACAGGCUAUCCUGAAGCACCAGGAACAAACUACUUCACCUCUGCAUGAUCAUAUCGUGGUUUGUGUCUUUGGAGAUACUAACUCAACAUUGAUUGGGCUGCGGAACUUUGUGAUGCCUUUACGAGCCAGUAACUUCACUUACCAGGAGCUGAAAGACAUUGUCUUUGUCGGGUCUCUGGAAUAUAUGAAAAGAGAGUGGAAAUUUAUCCAGAAUUUCCCAAAGCUGCUAUUAUUCCCGGGCAGCGCUCUCUCCUGUGCAGACCUGAGGGCAGUUAACAUAAGGUACUGCACCAUGUGUACCAUCCUGUCUUCUAACCUGAGGGCUUCCACCAAUCCAACUCUGGUGGACACAGAAAGCAUCUUAGCCACUCUUAACAUCCGGUCAAUGCAGAUAGAUUAGACCAGUGGCCCAUCUAGGACCAUAUCAGUGUCUAGCCAGAGAGAAGAGGCAGUUGGCAGAGUGAGAACACCGGAGAAUGAAUCCGAGCCAAGUUAUAAAAGGAUCCCCGUCAUCACAGAGCUGAUCUUCACUGCAGAGGAUGUGAGGGAGAUUCCCUCACCUGAGCCAUUUCUUUUAGGUGACAAAUCUGAGAAACUGUCCCAGAUUGAGGUGUCAAUAGAGGAGGUUUUGGAACAAAUUGAUGCUACAUCGAAUGUCCAGUUCAUUGAUCACCACAUUAGCAGCACCUCUCAGAUCCCAGGACAGGAGCUGGAUCUCACCACCACCUUUUCCAGUGGAGCUAUCUUCUCAGAUAGCUUUUUGGAUUCUCUCUUGUCCACUACCUACCGUAACCACCACAUCUUGGCUCUGCUCCAGACUCUGGUGACGGGUGGGACAAGCCCUGAACUGGAGGAACAGCUAGCAGAGAAGAAUAUGCUGAGUGGCAGUUUCAACAGCAUGGCAUACAUGGCCCCCAGAGCUAGGUGCAAACUUGCGCUUGUGCCACUGUCCAAGAGACUGUUAACGGAUUCCCAGGAUUCCUUUGGAGACAUUUACUGCAAAGCAUUAGACUUGUUUGGAAUCCUUUGCUUUGGACUCUACCGUCUGACAGAAGAGCCCAAUCCAUACAGGAAUAGGGGAGUGUAUGUAAUUGCUCGGCCCCCAAAUGAUUUCAAGAUGUUACCUACGGAUAUGCUGUUUUGCGUUGUCCCAUUCAGCACCACAGCAACUAGUGACCUGUCAGUUUGUGAGGAGGAUCUUUCACCAAGGAGGCAUCAGAGCCAUAUGGACAGCUCCAGAAAGCAGAAUGAAUCCCAAGCUGAGUACGCUGUGUUUCCCCUGCAAGAAUCACAAGCACCUCAAGCAGAGCAGAGAGUGCAGGAAACAGCUCUACUCGAGGUGUCUCGGAUGUCACUAACUGUUUUUGAGAAAACACAGAACCCUGAACUCAAGUCUUGGCAGGGGGCUGGUGCUAUGCUCAGUGAUGUACAGAACAGAGAUGAGAAGAGCUAUGGGGAUGAUUAA